AUGCUGCAGCAAUCUGCGCCGCUGAUACCGUACCUGGACCCCACAGACGACGCUGCGGUGUUUAAAGAUAGCGAGCUGUAUGGCGCAAUAAAGCGGUCUGCUCCCCUUCUUGUGCGGCGCGAUGCAGUUGCGUCGUUCGGGCGCGAUGCACUGUCGAAUGCUGCAUUUUUGGUCGAGCUCGACGCUGCAACCACGUACGACGACGCACUUGCGCUGCUGAACGCGGGUGUCGAUGCGAUUGUGGUUGCUGCGGACAGCGAGCUUUUACAGCAAUUUGAUGCUGGCGUGAUUGCGGAGCGCGUGAUUGUGCAACUAGACGAGGACGCGCAAGCGCCAAGCGACGUCGCUGGCGUGCUUGUCCAGUGCGCGAGCGUUCCGCCACUUGGGACUGUGCAGCGAUUUGUUGAUGCAAUGGAGACGCACGUCACCGGAAAGCCCGUUUUACUCAAGGCGGCCACGCGCACAGAUUCCGUCGCGCAAGUCCACAAAACCGGCGCGACACUUGUCCUGCCGACGACUGCGCUGUCUGUGGAUGGGAGCAAGAUGGACUACGUGGACGCUUUGCUUUCGACUAUGGUCUCAGACCGUCAGGACGGUCUGUUUCCCACCGUCGUCGUCAGCGAUACGGGCUCGACCUCGCUCGGUCUUGUAUACUCCUCGCGCGAAUCGAUCCGUGCGAGUCUUUUGACGGGUUCCGCGCACUACCAAUCGCGGAAGAGGGGUAUUUGGCACAAGGGCGCGACGAGCGGCGCGACGCAAAAUGUCGUAUCCGUCCAGCUCGACUGCGACAACGACGCGCUGGAAUUCCGCGUAGAGCAGCACGCCGGAAAACGCUCCGUAGGUUUUUGCCACUUGACCGACCGCGCGUCCUGUUUCGGGUCUGUGCGUGGGCUUGCGAAGCUCGAGCAUACGCUGCGUGAGCGCAAGGCGAAUGCGCCGCCCGACUCGUACACCGCGCGCCUGUUCAACGAUCAAGCACUGCUGGGCGCCAAGAUCCGCGAAGAGGCCCAGGAGCUUGUCGAGGCCACCGACCAAAAGCACAUUGCGUUUGAGGCUGCUGACUUGCUGUACUUUGCCAUGGUCCGGUGCAUUGCUGCAGAUGUAGGCCUUGCGGCGAUUGAAAAGAGUCUCGAUGCCAAGAGCCUGAAGGUGACGCGCCGCAAAGGCGAUGCCAAGCCCGCAUUUGUACAUCAUGCGGAGGCGCCUGCGCCGAUUCCAGCCGACCAGCCAAUCCGUCUGCCGCGCCACUCGCUAAACACGCUCAGCGCCGCCGAACAAACCAAGCUCCUUCGCCGCCCUGGCAUUCGGACCGACCAAGUCCUCGAACGCGUGCGUCCAAUUCUUGCUGCGGUCAAGGAGCGUGGUGAUGCCGCGUUGCUUGAAUACACUGCCCAGCUCGACCGUGUAAAGCUCGACAAGACGGUGCGCCUUCCGCCGUUCCAGACAGACGCCGACCGCGACGCGAUGGACAGCGGCGUGCGCGAGGCGAUCAACGUUGCCUACAACAAUGUCCUGCGCUUCCACGCUGUGCAGAGCCAUGUUGCCGCAGAGAAUAUGCCGCCGGCGGGCGCGCCGAGCGCCGACUUUGUGCCGCAGGCAGGCAAGCGCGAAGUCAUGCAGGUGGAGACGAUGCCCGGCGUAGUAUGCACACGAUUUCCUCGUGCCAUUGAGCGUGUAGGAAUUUACGUCCCGGGCGGCAGUGCAGUGCUUCCGAGCACUGCACUCAUGCUCGGUGUUCCUGCUAAAGUUGCAGGGUGCAAGACGAUUGUGCUUGCGACGCCGCCGCGCGCGGACGGAAGCAUUGCGCCGGAAGUGCUCUAUGUCGCAGACAAGGUCGGUGUCGACUGUUUGGUGUGUGCUGGCGGCGCCCAGGCCGUCGCUGCGAUGGCCUACGGUACGCCAUCCGUCCCGAAAGUCGACAAGAUUGCAGGGCCCGGCAACCAGUACGUGACGGCGGCCAAGAUGCUCGUCCAAAACGAAGUGGAAGCUAUGGUCUCGAUCGAUAUGCCUGCAGGCCCGUCAGAAGUGCUGGUCAUUGCGGACGAGCAUGCAAACCCCGCAUUUGUAGCUUCUGAUUUGCUCUCGCAGGCAGAGCAUGGGCCGGAUUCCCAAGUUGUGCUGGUUGCCAUUGACCUCUCCGCGCAGCAGCUGAGCGCGAUUGAAAAUGAGGUUGAUUGUCAAGCGCGCGUCUUGCCGAGAGUCGAUGUCGUGCGCCAGGCCAUCGACAAGAGCGUUACGAUUCUGGUCCAAACUCGCGAGCAGGCGAUGGAUUGGAGUAAUCGGUACGCGCCAGAGCACUUGAUUCUUCACGCAAACGCGCCAGAGCAGCUCGUGCCGCUUGUCGAGAAUGCCGGCAGUGUGUUUAUCGGGCCAUGGAGUCCAGAGUCGUGCGGCGACUAUGCAUCGGGCACGAACCAUACCUUGCCGACGUACGGCUAUGCACGGCAGUACUCGGGCGUUUCCACCUCCACGUUCCAGAAGCAGAUCACCGCACAGAUGCUCGAUGCUGCGGGGCUCCAGGCGCUUGGGCCGCAUGUCGUACGACUUGCCGAGUGCGAAGGGCUCGAGGCACAUGCAAAUGCGGUGCGUGUGCGGCUGCAGCAUAUGGCCAAAGCCAACGAAGCCAAUGGCGUGUAG